AGAUUCCAUGUUUCCUGCUGCAGCUCCAUUUGCAGUACUCCAUCUCUCUCUCUCUCUAAACCCUGACCCAUUUCCAGAAAUUUACCUGCGUUGUCUGCCAUUAAUGGCGGUCACGAGCUUCCUGGAAGGUCAUGUCCAUUAAUCACUGUAAUCAACUAUUCCUCUCUCUUUAAGGCUUUUUCGCGUUCUUUCUUGUUCCUCUUUUUGAUUUGUAGCGUUUCAAUGGCUUCCACUCCACCGCACUGCUCAAUCACCACGGCAAAGCCGUAUCAAACUCGUCAAUACCCACAAAAUAACCUGAAAAACCAUCAGAAUCCCCGCCAGAACGGCUCUUGGACGACGACGCAUAAGGUUUCUCUUGUCAAACCAGUGUCCCCAACUCCCACUCACAGUGCGACUAAAUCCACUUCUACUUCUACUCCCCUUUCACAAAGCCCUAAUUUCCCAUCUCUUUGCUCUCUCUCCUCGAAAUCUGACCUCGUUUCUAACUUCUCCGGCCGCCGCUCAACUCGAUGCGUAUCAAAGUAUCACAAUCGCCGCCCCAAGUCCUCCAUGGCCACUCGUCACACUGCGAUCGCUGAGGAGGUUCUGAAUCAGGCGCUUCAAUUUGGUAAGGACGAUACGAGUUUAGAUAAUAUUUUGCUCGAGUUCGAAUCUCAUCUUUGUGGGUCGGUAGACUAUACGUUUUUACUUCGGGAGCUUGGGAAUAGAGGAGAAUGUUGGAAAUCAAUUAGAUGCUUUGAAUUUGCGCUUGUUAGAGAGGGAAGGGACAAUGAGCGAGGUAAACUAGCUAGUGCGAUGAUUAGUACGCUUGGUAGGCUUGGGAAAGUAGAACUUGCUAAGGGUGUUUUUGAAACAGCAUUGAAUCAAGGAUAUGGGAACACAGUUUACGCAUUCUCUGCUUUGAUAAGUGCUUAUGGGAAGAGUGGUUACUUUGAUCAAGCUAUUAAGGUGUUUGAAUCCAUGAAAGCUUCAGGAUUAAAACCGAAUUUGGUUACUUAUAAUGCUGUAAUUGAUGCUUGUGGAAAAGGAGGAGUUGAGUUUAAGAAAGUGGUGGAGGUUUUUGAAGAAAUGUUGAGGAAUGGUGUCCAACCUGAUAGAAUUACUUAUAACUCACUUCUUGCUGCGUGUAGUCGAGGAGGGUCGUGGGAGGCAGCUCGGAACUUGCUUAACGAGAUGGUAGAUAGAGGGAUUGAUCAAGAUAUCAUUACUUAUAACACACUUUUGGAUGCGGUUUGCAAAGGUGGGCAGAUGGAUUUGGCCUUCGAGAUUAUGUUAGAAAUGCCUGCCAAGAAAAUACUGCCUAAUGUGGUUACUUACAGCACAAUGGCUGAUGGGUAUGCCAAGGCUGGUAGAUUAGAAGAUGCUCUAAACUUAUACAAUGAAAUGAAGUUUCUGCGCAUUGGUUUGGAUAGAGUUUCAUAUAAUACAUUGCUUUCAAUCUAUGCCAAGCUUGGCAGGUUUGAAGAUGCUCUGAAUGUUUGCAGAGAGAUGGGGAGGUCCGGUGUUAAAAAGGACGUUGUUACUUACAACGCGCUUCUAGAUGGAUAUGGAAAGCAGGGGAAGUUUAAUGAAGUUAUUAGAGUAUUUAACGAAAUGAAAAGAGACGGCGUAUCACCGAAUUUGUUAACUUAUUCUACAUUAAUUGACGUAUACUCUAAAGGUAGUCUAUAUGAAGAGGCAAUGGAGGUCUUUCGUGAAUUCAAGCAGGCUGGCUUGAAGGCUGAUGUAGUUCUUUAUAGUGAACUCAUCAAUGCUUUAUGUAAAAAUGGUUUAGUCGAUUCCGCUGUAUCGUUGCUUGAUGAGAUGAUAAAAGAAGGGAUUAGGCCUAAUGUUAUCACUUACAAUUCGAUAAUCGAUGCCUUUGGUCGUUCUACAACGGAAGAAUCUCUAGUUGAGGCUGUUGGUGCAGCUAGUGAAUCCCCAUCCUUCAUAGUGAUGGAGGGUGUGGAUGAGAGUGAGAUAGAAAGUUGGGUCAGUGACCAUGUCUUCAAAUUCUAUCGGCGGCUUGUUGCUGAGAAAGAAGGGCCUGCAAAGAAGGAAAGACUAGGCGAAGAAGAGAUCAGGUCCAUCUUGAGGGUCUUCAAGAAGAUGCAUGAGCUAGAGAUAAAACCAAACGUGGUCACCUUUUCAGCGAUUCUAAAUGCAUGCAGCCGCUGCAAAUCGAUUGAAGAUGCUUCAAUGUUAUUGGAAGAGCUUCGAUUAUUUGAUAAUCAAGUGUAUGGUGUAGCUCAUGGACUCCUGAUGGGCUUUAGCGAAAAUGUGUGGGUUCAAGCACAGUGUCUUUUUGAUGAAGUGAAGCAGAUGGACCCUUCCACUGCAGCUUCUUUCUACAAUGCUUUGACAGAUAUGCUGUGGCAUCUUGGUCAGAAACGAGGGGCCCAAUUGGUUGUACUCGAAGGCAAAAGGCGCAAUGUAUGGGAGACGUUAUGGUCCGAUUCUUGCUUAGAUUUGCACCUCAUGUCGUCUGGAGCUGCUCACGCCAUGGUUCAUGCUUGGCUGCUGGGUAUUCAUUCUCUUGUGUUUAAUGGCCAUCAGUUGCCAAAGUUAUUGAGCAUUCUGACUGGAUGGGGAAAACACAGCAAGGUCGUCGGUGAUGGAGCUCUAAGGCGGGCGAUCGAGGCACUUCUGACCAGGAUGGGGGCACCAUUUCAGGUUGCGAAAUGCAAUAUAGGAAGGUACGUAUCAACAGGCUCUGUGGUGGCUGCCUGGUUGAAAGAGUCUGGUACCUUAAAAUUGCUUGUUCUUCAUGAUGGUAGAACUCAUCCAGAUACUGAAAAUUUGGAUCUCAUAUCCAAACUCCAAACGAUUUCCUUGUAGCACAAUUUGAAUAAAUAUUAUUAUACACAUACUCACAUGUUUGAAUAUUCAUUUUCA